UGCGUGAAUGAGGGCUGCUCAUCAGGAAGUAUCCGGCGGGCGAAACUUAAAAAAUGAUUGUUAAACAUUUCGGCCGCGGCCUCGUCCUCCUCUUCCUCUGUUCUCUACGACAAAGAACAGGCCAACGCAGUCUCUGCAGGCGCGGGUUGCAGUGGAUUUACAAUGAGAAUGUGUCUAAGGGAAAUAUGUGCCUCAAUAGGUUAACUGCAGAAGAUGGACGGAGACAGCUCGACUACCGACGCCUCCCAGCUGGGCAUCACUGGGGAAUACAUGCCACCCGGUCACUACGUGCUCCAGUCUCAAGAUGACGAUGCUGAUGACAGUCUGAACGAUCAUGACGACGGUGGUGUGAAAGAGAACUACAGGGAGCAGGACAUCUAUCUUCCUAUCGCCAACGUGGCUCGCAUCAUGAAGAAUGCCGUUCCACAGACUGGAAAGAUUGCCAAAGACGCCAAGGAGUGCGUGCAGGAGUGCGUGAGCGAGUUCAUCAGCUUCAUCACAUCAGAGGCGAGCGAGCGCUGCCACCAAGAGAAGAGGAAGACCAUCAACGGAGAGGACAUCCUGUUCGCCAUGUCCACGCUGGGCUUCGACAUGUACGUGGAGCCGCUGAAGCUCUACCUGCAGAAGUUCAGAGAGGCAAUGAAGGGGGAAAAGGGAAUGCCCGGUGUGUCGGUGGGAGAAGGCCUGGGAGAGGAACUGACAGACGAAAGCUUCUCAAAUGCAAUGCCAGCUGGGAUUAUCACAGCAGAUGGACAGCAGCAAAACGUCAUGGUGUACACCACCUCAUAUCAACAGAUCCCCACCGUACAGCAGAUCCAGUUCUCAUGACGAGACCUUUCUCCGAGCCUGAAAACAGCGGCCUGUGCUCGCCGGAUGACCUCUGAACCCCACCCAACCCCCCGCCACAGUGUCAGGGUCAUCUAUUCGCACAGGGAGGGAGUGGGGCGGCGUCUACUGAAACCCCUCAUGUACAGAGAAAUCACUACCUGUUGAGUAGAAAGCGUAGUUUCUAGUUGUGAGGUACCAAAUGUUUUGGAGCUCAUCCAAACCAGCUGGGAAAAAACGUGAGGCUUUUAAAGGCUAGUGAGGCUUCUUUUAAAAGCUAGUCUUAUCACAUAAUUUAGUGUUGGAAUUCUUUUUUUCAUGUGCGUGUCUGUACAAGUGUUUGCUUUUAUGCAUAUUUUCUUUUGGUUUCUUCGGGGAUGGGUGGCAGGGAGGGUGGGAAUCGGAGGGGGGUGUUGUAUCGGAAGCUUAUUUUUUAACGUCUUCUCUGUUUGAACCAAGAGAAGCAACGUUGUUACUGUCACACCAGAUCACGCAGCUCUUUUGUAAGUUCACACAAAUUUACCAUGUGCUUUAAUGUUAUGUAAAUCCUUUGAAUAAAAAUUCAG